AUGGAUCAGGGAGAGACUCGCCGACACAAUGAAGAAAUUCUACGUCGUGCACGCAGUGGCGAUUUGUUGGAGUUUCCUAGAGAACUGGGCUACUCGCAUUGGGGCGUGUAUGUUGGUACUGGAUACGUAAUCCACCUGGCUGGAGAGCCUGGGGAUGGCCUGUCGACGGCGGAUGUGACUGUGAGAAAAGACAGCUUCUGGACCGUGGCGGGAAACAGCAGAGCAAGAAUUAACAAUAUCUUUGACGGCGUUGAAAGACUCCAACCUGCCAAAGAAAUUGUUAAGAGAGCCGAGAGUAAGGUCGGUCACAGGGGAUAUGACCUAGUCUCAACGAACUGCGAACAUUUCGCUACCUGGUGCAGGUACGACGUAGCCAGAAGCAGUCAGGUCGAGGCAGUUCAAACUGCCGUCAGUUCCGCACUAGACAACGUGGAAGAAGUUUUACGCAACGUCGCUGAAAACCAUCCAGACUGUGAGGGAAGAUCUGCGGCCCGGAGAUGGCUGGCGGUUGGGCAGGCUGUGAUACAGCUGAAGGACCAUUUUAUGCAAAGCAAAACUGAUCCGCAGUUGAAAGGUCUCAGCUCGAAUAAGUAG